UCUGCUUCUUCCUCCUCCAUUUGCAGCUCUCUUCUCGUUCAUAUCCUCUCCUGACUACUCUGUCUCUAACAUAUGCAUCCGCGCCUCCCUCUCUGAUAUCAGUGUCCAAAUAUAGUACUCGUCUUGCCGUUCGUUGCUGGCAUUCCCUCUUGCGUCUCCUCCCUGCUUCUUCCCAAUAUGAAUAGCCUGCUGGCAACACCCCCUGUUCCACCACACUUCUACGAGCACUGCCGACUCUCUCCCUCCCGGUCCAUGUCCUCUACCAAUCCUAGUGGCAACAGAAAACGAAAAGCUGAGGAUGAUUACCUCCCAAGCGACCAUGACACUCGAAUGUCCGCUUCUCCUUCGAACUCCCCAGCAUUUCCCCCGAGGCCACUACCUGCCUCUCGUCAGAUCAAACGAUCGAGACCAAAUAUUUCGGGUCGCCCCUUAUCUUUAUCCCGCCUGUUGGAGACGCUGGAUACCGAUGCCCUUCGUUCCGUCUUACGGUCAAUGUGUGACAGACACCCAGAGCUUGCAACGGAAGUGGUACAUACCGCUCCUCGACCAAGCGUUAGCUCUGCCCUACAGGUUCUAAACAACUACCAAUCAGCCCUCCAUUCUUCUAUCCCUCUUGGAGGGAAUUCCUCUUCAGAUUAUGCAUAUAACCGCGUCCGCCAGCAUAUUGUCAACCUCCUCGACGCCUUGAGUGAUUUCACACCUCACUUUCUACCACCCAACGAAUCCCAGACUUCGACGGCCUUAAGUUACCUUGACGGUGCCACUGAGAUUCUACAUCGACUCCCCAGGUGGGACACGCCACAAAACAACUUAGAGAAAGAUGCCGCCUAUGAGGAAAUGGCUAAAGCGUGGAUACUGGUUAUUCGGGAAGCUGGGAAACGUGGCGGCGGCAUCCAGUUGCAAUAUGGCGGAUGGGAUGAAAAACUUUCAAAGCACAACCAGACAGCCGGAGGGAAACUUCAGGACGCCGUCGACGUUCUGAGUUCUAACCUUGGUUGGAUGGGGACCAAUCAGGAUUUGUCUAAUAAUCAGGGAGUGGAUGCUUCAUCGAUACGCCAGCAGCUCCUUUCUGGCACUUACGGCAGUGGUAUGCCACUGAAGGUCGGCCGCUGGUGAUCAGAAUUCGCCGCGUCUCUCACUGUACAGGACAGAAUACCUUAUUUUUGGCUAUCUUGUUCUACAUUUUAGAUCCUCCCGUCUUUUUUGAAGCAAUUUCUUGUGGUAAAUAAGCCCCUUCCCCCAGCGGAACAUAACAUUUUCCGUUUCUCUUUUUCUUUCAUCUUAACGACACGGCUACGAUACCCACCGCACAUGGAAUUAGAGUUACACAUAGCCCACUCCUGGCGUUUAUUUUCAUUUUCAUGUGAUCUUCUGUGUUCCCAUCAUUAUUGAUCAAGGUCGCUUCUUGCAAUACCAUUCCAUGUUCUACAUGCCUGGAAUAACAAAUCUUCGGGAGCUUUUAUUCCCUCCCCUUUAUUUUCCUUUACUCUCUACAGCCAGCCCUCUUCCCUUCUCUAUUUCUAUUUUCUACUUUUGAUUUUAUUCUUUUCUCUCGUGAAUAUCCAGCGUGCCAAUCCCUUUCGCAGCAUCCACUUUCAAUUCCCUCAUCUUUAUAUUUGCUUGUCGUUUACAUUGAUGACACUUCCCAUUUACAAUCAUUAAACGUGUACCUACAUAAACAUAUAUCCUCUAUGGAUACUACCACCCCGACAUGCGUGUUCAGCUGAUUCCGCUUUUGUUGUUAGGCCAGUAGUCCGUUUCGUCCCAUUCUCCUAAGUGCCGCUCAACUUGUGUCUUACAACCCACCCUUCCCCAUUGCAAACCUCUUUUUGUCUUGGAAACCCUUUUCAAGGAAACAAAAUCCAGGUCACAAGCAGCAUAUGGGUUGAAGGAACAAUCUUGUUGUUUCUGUUUUUGUUUCUAGUUCCAUUUUAUUCCGUCAAGACAAUGCCUUUUGCACUACAUAAUCCCUGACUGCUUUCUCAAAGAAGGAAAAAACAUAUUUGUCUAUAUUUCAUGUAUAAAUGAACUGAGAAAUUUCAUUUCCAUC